AUGUCUCUUUUCCCAUUCUCCCCCCCCCCCUUCUCUCUUUCUCCAUCCCUCCCCCUCUUCUCCCCUCUUCCUGUAACGCAAUCUCGAUCAGCUGCAACUUCAGAUUCAGCUCAUCCUCUUCAUCAACACAGAGACGGGUAAAUUAUUUUAUUUUAUCUCCUCCCAAAUAAUAUUCUCAUACAGUAACAAUACUCAAAAUACAUGAAAUUCGUCACAUGCUGCUUUACACUCUGCACAUCUCUCUGCUUCAUCCACUAUCUCUCGCUCUCCAUCAGAAAGUUUCCACAAAGUAUUGCAUAGUAACUCACAGCCUGUUUUAAUGUAGGAUUUGUAUUUCUAGCUUUGUGUUACCCACCAGUCUCUCCAUCCAUUCCCUCCCCCGUCUUGUAGUCCCUGCCAGGGCAUGAGUGAACAAGAAGAACCCACCAGCUGUGGUGGCAAUAUUUUGGACAAUGAGUUCCUCAAGUCAUUGAAAGGACGAAUUCUUCUCAUGGAGCUGGUAGGUAACAUUAUGACAUCUCUCACUUACCUGUCCCUUUAUGAGACACCCAUUACCCAACUGUAAGCACUGCAGCAAUACAUUGCAACUACUGUACAUGGAGUGCCCUGAGCAUCACAAACUUUAUUAUUUCCCUCCAGGGGUCUGCUUGGAAUCAUUUGUCCCUUGUUAAUAAUAACAAAGGGCCCCCCUCUCAUCCUGUCCUCAGGUCACACUAAGCUUAUCACUCCCAGAACUUACCAGUCCUCUGCAGGAGAAAUAUCAGAACAGCAUUCUCAACCUUUUUUUUUCAUCAGAGACCUCUAUUAGCUGAUUAUACUAAGUAUACUAAGAUUAUACCCCAGUCAAUAUUAUAUGGGAAAAGUAGGAACUGUUUUCUACAUACAAAAUAACGAAGAGAAAGCAUCACAAGAAACAUCACAGAGGUACAUAGGCAAAGACUGAGGAACCAUUAUUUAAGCUAGUGGCAUCAUCUCAAACACACAGGGGCAUCUAGUGUCACUCUUCAGAUCUUAUGUUUCACUGUUUAAGAAAGUUAGGAUAAUCAAAACAUAUUAAAAGAGUUGAUUAUCUCAUUCUACUAAUAUAUCAUUUUUUUUCUGCAGAAAACUGUAUUAUCCCUACAUUGGGCUGAGAUAAUUAUGGCCUGUCCCCCCAGGUUUUAUUUGGUUCAUAUGCAGAUGCAGACAGGCCUUGUAUUGUGUUUUCUAUUUCCAUGGAGUUGUAAUAGAUUUAGAAAACCUUAUUGAUUUCUAGAGGAUAUAGUGGAUACAUAAAAGUAAACCUUGUAUUUUGAAAAAAUAAUGCCAUCAAGUGGUUCUGGAGGCAUCACAAGAAGCCUCAAGACCCUAGGUCUCAGAGCCCUGAUAUAGCAUUAUUUUUCCAUAGUGCAUGUUUAAUGUAUAUAUAUAUAUAUAUAUAUAUAUAAUUUUUUUAAUUAUAUAUAUACAUUGAUCAGCCACAACAUUAAAACCACUGACAGGUAAAGUGAAUAACAUUGAUUAUAUCGUUACAAUUGCACCUGUCAUGGGUUGGGAUAUAUUAGGCAGCAAGUGAACAUCAGUUCUUGCAUUUCAUGUGUUGGAAGUAGUAAAAAUGGGGAAGCCAAAAGAUUUGAGUGACUUUGACAAGAGCCAAAUAGUGAUGGCUAGACGACUGGGUGAUAGCAUCUCUAUCAGGGCAAAUCUGGUGGGGUGUUCCCGGUAUGCAGUGGUUAGUACCGACAAAAAGUGGUGCAAGGAAGGACAACCAGUGAACUGAUCAGGGUUAUGGGCACCCAAGGCUCAUUAAUGCACAUGGGCAGCGAAGGCUAGCCUAUCUGGCCCGAUCACACAAUAGAACCACUGUAGCUCAAACUGCUGACAAGCAUAUUGCUUGCCAUGAUAGAAAGUUAUUAGAACACACAGUGUAUUUCAGUUUGCUACAUAAGGGGCUGUGUAGCCACAAACCGGUUAGAGUGCCUAUGAUGACCCAUGUCCACCACCGAAAGCGCCUUCAAUCAGGACGUGAGCAUCAAAAUUGGACCAUAGAGCAAUGGAAGAAGGUUGUCUGAUCUGUUGAAUCUUGUGUUCUUUAGAUCAGAUGGAUGGCCUGGUGUGUGCUUCAUUUACAUGGGGAAAAGAUGGGAGUAGGAUGCACUUUAGGAAGAAGGCAGGUCAGCAGAGGCAGUGUUAUGCUCUGAGCAAUGAUUUGCUGGGAAGCUUUGGGUCCUGGCAGUCAUGUGCAUAUUACUGACACAUACCACCUACUAUCUACGAAUAGAUUGUUGGAGACCACAUACACCCCUUCAUGGUAAUGGUGUUACCUGAUGGUGUUGGAUAAUGCACCCUGCCACAUUGAAAAAAGUGUCCAGGAAUGGUUUGAGGAACAUGGCAAAGAGUGCAAGAUGCUACCUUGGCCUCCAAAUCCGAUUAAGCAUCUGUGGGAUGUGCUGGACUAAGAAAUCUAAUGCAAGGAGGCCCCACUUGACAACUUGCAGGACUUGGAGGAUCUGCUGCUAAUAUUUUGGUUCCAGAUACCACAGGACACGUUCAGAGAUCUUGUGGUGUCCAUGCCUCAACGCAUCAGAACUAUGUUGGUAGCACAUAGGGGAGCUACACCAUAUUAGGCAGGUGGUUUUACUUUUGUGGCUGAUCAGUGCAUGUAUAAUUCCUUUUCUCUAAUAUAUAUAAAUAUGUUUGUAUUUUUUUCAGUGUAAAUAUAUUUUUUCUUUAAGUAUUUGUUAUUUGGGCACAUCUAUUUCAUUUAUUGGAUUUCACAAUUUGACAAAUAUCUAAUGGGAUCUAAUGACAGCUGUCCAUUGAAAUAACAUACUCCGUGCAUUUUGCUUAUCUUCCUUACAACGUAUAUCUCUCUCCUUAGGUUCUGUGCUUUGUGGUAUUUGUCUGCUUUGCUGCCACCUUGUCUGCCUAUUUGGCCGCCCCACUCUUCGAGUUCAUCAUUACCCUCAUCUUCAUCAUCUUAAUUUCCAGUCAAUACAACAAGCGUCUGACAGCCCUCAACUGGCCCUGCAUGGUGUGUGACCUCUGACCUUUAAUAGGUGAUGACUGAGCAUGUGAAUUGAAUGUGUGUAUAGUGUGAGAUUAGUCGAUUCCCUGUACUGUGAACAAGUACUUAGUGAGGAAGUGUAUGGUGCCUACUUCAUUAAGUACCUGCUCAGUAAAUGUAGUAGGUGUCUAUCUAAUAAUUUAUCUGCAAAUGGAGAUAGGGGUGCUGCUUCUGAUGAUAUAUAACAUACCCGACGAUGAGUGAGUAUUUGACUUGCAUUUACAUUCUGCCCUAUCUGUUUAUCAGUGAAAGUGGUCAAUUAUUGCUCCUCUAGCAAAUGGUUACUGUCAUAUUGACAGCAAUGGUCCACUCAAUAUGAUUCUCUAUUGCAGAUUCAGAUACCCACUACUAAACCUGGCUAGGUCAUUAGUAAAUGCUGAAUAUAUGAAUGUAUGAAAACAUGUUUUCUGCUUUGAGUGAAGCAGGUGACCAUUCAGUUGAUUCUCUUCUUUGUGUAACCUUUCCCAGUUUUGGCACCAAGACACAAAGCAGGAAACGUAUCGAAGUGGUCUCUAAUCUGUUUCCAUUUGUAAAUAUCUUAUAAAAUGGUCUAAAACAUGUAUUUUCUAUAUAUAAAUUCCCUUGGUUUUGAUUUUUUUUUUUGCAGUUGAGCAAUCCAUAAAAAUUGCUGCCUAUAAUUUACAUGUUGCAGAAGGGAAAUGAAAGAGAUCCUAAAGUAACUGCCUUGAUUUAUUAUAUAAAUGCCAUAUACUUGAUGACUGCAUUGUUCAUGUUCUUCCCAUCAGCAGAAGUGAUACAGGUCUGACAAUUCGUUCAGCACUUUUAACAUGUUACUACACAAAGUUUUGAAAGACAUGGAUAAAACUUACUUUAGUUUACUAGGAUUCCAGUGAAUCAAGAAUAAUAUAGUUUAUUAUUCAUGUAAAUAGUUAUGAUGAAUUGGUGUGAAAUUAUUUGAUCAUUUGCACAGUAUAUGAAGUUAGGUGGUCUUCAGGAAUUGGGAGUGAUCUUUGCUUUUAUGUAGUGAAUGCUUGGCUCACAAAUGGAUGGAAUGCUUGGAACAUGAGAGGAUGAUGAGGAGUGAAUUCUCGUUGGUUGAUUGCUUACCAUAACUGGGUACAUUAGGGGUGAAUUAAGUAACCACUCAAUCACUCUCUUAUUCGUCUUUCAGGAUUUUUUGCGCUGUGUUUCUGCUGCUGCUAUUUUGUUGGUAGUCUCCAUAGUGGCUAUAUUUCGGAGUUCUGGUUCUGGAGGAGCAAUAACAGCAGCUGUGAGUAUUAUGUGUGUCUGUUCUCCAUCUCUUUACAUACCUUCUUUCUGCUACAGAAUAGCAAUCUUCCACUGCAGACAUUCCCUUCAUUCCAGGUCUCUUCAGUUGCAUUUGUUUUCUGUACCUGGUGUUUUAGAACUUCAUUCUGUUCUUUCUUAGUCAUACUGCUGACAUUGUCUGCCUCAAUUCACAGCCUUGAACACUGUUAUUUCUCUACCUUGUUCUCUGAGUUUUGCAGCUUACAGUACACAAUGUAAGAUUUCAUGAAUGCUUAAAAUUUUGAAAAAUCUUUGUAAAGCCCUGUGGAAUAUGAUGCCGCUAUAUAUAAAUAAUAAUGAAAGGGGUAAAAGAUCAUUAUUAUUUAUAAAUUAUUAUUUAUAAGUGACAAUGAUGUCGUUUUCAACUUUUUUACUGUUUAAAAAAAGAAGAGAAAACACCUUAAUAUGCUCAGAUCACUGGCAAUUUUUACAUACGGUUAGCUAAAUAUCAUAUGGUCCUUCUUAGGACAUGUUCUGCUAUUCUGAGUUUGAACAUUCUACUUCCCCAAUUACCCCCAUAGUGCAUAUUAGAGAAUUCCCUGUGUGAAUGAUGGCAAAGGAGUUGCAAAUCCAGGAUUUGGGAAGAUAACUCAUGGUACAGUAAGGGGCAGAUAGAAACACCACUUUUUUUGAGAACCUAUGUGAGCAGAGAUCAGGCAGUAAAGGACCUUGUGUCUUUACUCUGCCAUACCAUCUGUAUAAAUUCAAAGGCUUAAUGUGAACUUUGCUAUGUGCAACAACGGGAAAAGACUUGGGAGAGGAGCAGGAGGGGAGAGAGUGGGAAAAUGCCCGUAAAGUGUCCAUCUGUGUAGGCCUACCGGAAUAGAUGUUUAAAAUUAUGAUGAGAUGGUACACCACAUAAGGUUAGUAUGCCAGCAAAGAUAUAUAGAAUGAAAAUACCACUUAAGAUUUAUCUUGGUGGAUAUGUGGUAUGAAGGGAUCAUUUGUGGUGGGAGUGCCCCAAAGCGCAUUCUUUUUGGAAUGAGAUCAAAUCAUUACUACCAAUGGAUUUUGUUUGGCAUUUCAAUCUCGUUCCCUGAGCUUUCCUUCUAUAUAGGCCCAUCGAGGAAGUACCCCCUGACUCCAAAAAUUUUAAAGCUGGUAGUGAGGAUAGCUCUACCUGCUGGCUGGUUAAAGGAUUGGCUCUUGGCUUUACAGGAAGCAUUACACAAAAUAGAGGACAACCCUCAAAUGGACAUGGCUAUGGUCAAUAAUUCUUUAAGCAGAUUUAGUAAGAUAUGGGCUCCCUGGGAGGCUUUAAGGCUGGAGAGGGAGACCUAGACUGCCCUAAAGUCCAUAUCACAGAGGGUAUUUGAUUUUUUUAUAUUUUUGUUAUUCUGCAUUUUAGUUCCAUUUUCCCCGUUUUAUGGUUAUACUGUAUAUCCCAAAUAUUAUGACUUGUUCUCUACUCCUUUGACAACACUGGAAACAAUUCGGAGCAAUAGGCACAGGGUGUCGCUGGUUAUUUCUCCUGUGUCAUGGAUAUAUCAGAUGUUGCCUUUCAACAAAUAAAGAAUUUUUUAAAAAAUAAGAGAAAAAAACAACCAUAUUUCAAAAGAGUGGGUAAUCUUCUUCACAUAGCUUGUAAAAUAAUUACAAAUGCAAAUAUAUCAGUGUUAAGUUCUUUACAGAAUAAUUGAUUUUUUUGUGAGUAAUCACAUGUUUAUAUAUAUUUCGAGAUGAGGUCAGGUCUGUCAGGUAGCUUAAACAAUUCUAUAUUUCAUUCUACAAAUAGCCUCCACAGUUACGAUGUAUUAUAUGCAUACAGAUUGCUUAACCAAUGUUUUCUAAGGGGGCAUAAUAAUUAUGAAAUGCUGGGCCCCCAGAUUUUCGUUUGUUUCUCCAAUGUCUAAAUCACUUUGCUUAACUUAACAAUUACUCUAUUCCACAAAUAUAUCUCCUUCUAAUACUUAUCUAAAGGGGUGAUUAUGCCAAUGACAUUUCCUUAUGAUGUCCUACUUUUCAGUCUUCUCUGUCUAGGUUUAAUCCAGUUUUACUUAUUGAUUUAAUUACAUUUAAUAAACUAUAUUUGUUAUGGUUAUUAAAUCUUGUGUAUAGUGUAUGUAAAUUGUUUUGUUUUUUUCCGGAGUAACUAUUGAUGACUCACUAGACUGAAGUCACUGUGUUUUUAUUGCUCACUCUUAGCCCAAGGGUUCUUAGUACUUUAGGCAAUCUGUCUUGUUACAUUACUUCCCUCAUUUUAAUUAUAGUCUUAUUUGUUUCUCAGAGGUAUGAGCAAAACUUGGGUAGCUGCAUCCAUCUUUAUUUUUUAUAUAGGGAUGUGAAAGGGGUCAAAUAAUUUCAGAUUCCUGUGAUCCAUCUAACCCCUGGACCCCUAGGCGACCCACUAAUAUCACCCUAUGGUUAAUAUUGCUCAGUUCUCAGGUUAGAUUGAUGGUAUGGUUGUGCUCUGUUUCCCUAUCUAACUUGUGCUUUGUGAUGCUUACACUCUGUUUCUCACGCUCAUUAUACACUGAUCAGCCACAACACUGAAACCACUGACAGGUGACGUUAAUAACAUUGAUUAUUAUGUCGCAGGGGCUCCCGAAAAAUUGGCUAAUUCCUCUGGAAAUGCACAGAUACUAAGCAAGAACCAACACCUAAGGGCAUUACCCAAGUUAGGGGUGCCCUAGGGAACACUCUGAUACCUUGCCCGAGUUUUCACUUAACUGGAAGCCCAAAGUGGUUCGCCAAGGCCUGCGGGUUACAUAGUUACAUAGAUGAAGAGAGGCUUGCGUCCAUCAAGUUCAGCCUUCCUCACAUAUGUUUUGCUGUUGAUCCUAAAGGCAAAAAACCCAGUCUGAAGCGCUUCCAAUUUUGCAACAAACUAGGAAAAAAUUCCUUCUUGACCCCAAAAUAGCAGUCAGCUGUCUCCUUGGAUCAAGCGGUAUUACCUCACUAAUUAGGAAACAAAACGAGAAGAAGAAGCUAGUGGCAACUCUUGGAGGGGCUAACCCUAUAAACUAAAGACAUAGUGAAAAAGUAAGAGAGAAUGAGUGCCCUUUAAAAUUAAACUUUUAUUAAUAAUCAUCUAAAAUUCAUCUGCCACAAGACUAGUGACAAAAAGUAGUGAAUUCACUAUUCAAAAUUAAAUCAAAAUAAUGGUCCAAAAUAGGUUCCUAAUAAAAAUUAGAGUAAUGGUGUGGUUCUGUUCAAAAGUUUUCAGAAACCAACAGCCAAUAGUGUGUGCAAAAGUAUGUUUUGCAAUACACCUAUGCUGAAAGAAUAAAACCUCAAUAUUAUAGCGGAUAGAGGCUUCUCCUACAGCAUAUCAAACUACACUGUCUCGAAUAAGGAGUAAAUACAAUGUUGCCAAUGCUCGAAGCAUGAUAAACAAAAUGUAUCAGCAAAGGUGAAUAGAAGCCUAGCCUCUCCAGCUUGCGGAAAUAUAAUAAUAACUCAUGUAUUUCAUCGUAAAAUGAAAUACCUAGUAUCUUAAAUUCCAUCAUAAGGGAAUAGUGGGUGUAUCUAAAGCUAGAGUGGUAAGGUCGCUCGAAGUUUAAACAACUGUGGUAUAAUCUGGUCUAAAUCCACGGUGUCAGAACCACGAGCUCCCCUGACGCGCGCAUUUCGCCCACGGCUCAUCACUAAUUAGAAAUUAUAUCCUUGUAUGUUAUAUUUAGCAAGUAUUUAUCCAAUUGCAGUUUAAACAUCUGUAUGGACUCUGUUAAAACCACCUAUUCAAGCACAGAAUUCCAUAUCCUUAUUGCUCUUACUGUAAAAAAAACUUUUCUUAAAUGUGUUACCUUGUGUCCUAUGUAUAGCCCGGUUUAUGAAUAGAUUUCCAGAUAAUGGCUUGUACUGGCCCCGAAUAUAUUUGUAUAAUGUUAUCAUAUCCCCUCUGAGGCUCCGUUUUUUCCAAACUAAAGACAUUUACAUUUUUUAACCUUUCUUUGUAACUAAAAUGCUCCGUUCCUUUUUAUCAAUUUUGUAGCUCGUCUAUGCACUUUUUCUAGUGCCAUGAUAUCCUUCUUUAGAACAGGUGUCCAACAUUGCACAACAUAUUCCAGGUGUGGUCUUACCAGCUAUUUAUAAAGAGGCAAAAUUAUAUUUUCAUCCUGAGAAUUUAUGCCCCUAUUUAUACAUGACAAAACCUUACUGGCCUUAGCAACUGCAGAUUGACAUUGCAUAUUGCUGCCUAAUUUGUUGUGUAUAACAAUUCCCAUUGGGUGGUGGAGAUGGGGAGAGUCGGCUGCUGUCCUUGUUCCUUCCUUGGAAGGAUCUUCUACCCCCCUCCCAUGUGGAACAGUGGGAGUGAUUCUGGUCCACUCCUAGGAGGCAACUCGGCUGUGUUGGGCAAGACAACCAGGAACAAAUAAUAUGGAGACACACAUCAUGGCAGACGUGUUCCACUGAAUGCUGUGGAGAAAAACCUGAUAUUGUGUCCAAACUGAACAGCAUAUUUGCCAACUUUUGUACACUUUAUCUUUAUGCCUCAUUUCAUGUUAACUUAAAGGAGUACAUUGUGUAAUCUUUGCUUAUCCCAUGCACUUCAAAAAUAGAGCAUUAUAAAAAAUAAAUCAUUACAAUGGCACCUGCCAAGGGUGGAAUUUAUAAGCCAGCAAGUGAACGGGCCAUUUGAAUUUCAUGUGUUGGAAGCUGGAAAAAUGGACAAGUGAAACGAUCUGAUUGACAUUGACCGAAUAGUGAUGGCUAGAUGGGUCAGAGCGUCCCAAAAUGGCAAGUCUUUUGGGGUUUUCCCAGUAUGCAGUGGUUAUUACCUACAAAAAAGUGGUUCAAAGAAGGAAAACCGAUGAAUCAGCAUCAAGGUCAUAAAUACCCAAGGCUCAUUGGUGCACAAGUGGAGUGAAAGCUAGCCUAUAUGGACCGAUCACACAAUAGAGCUACUGCUGCUCAAAUUGCUAGAAAUCUUAAUGCUGACCAUGAUCGAAAGGUAUCAGAACAGGCAGUGCUUCUUAGCUGGCUGUGUAUGGGCUACUUAGCCACAGAUAGCUCAGACUGCCCAUGAUGACCCUUGUCCAGCUGAUGCUUUCAGCCUAUCAAAAGCUUCCCAUUGAGAAGAGAGAAUGAAAAAGAUAUGUACAAAAUAUGUACAAGAAUUCUGUAGCAUUCUAACCAGUGAAACAUUAAUUGGAAUUAUGGAAAUCUUGUUUUCAAUACUAAAACAGUUUUCUUCUCAAAGUGUUCAAGAAAAAUCUACAUUUUACUAUACAAGUCUAACAUUUUACCAACAUACAAAGUCUAAUGAUACCAGGUAGUCGUCUUUAUUUAGUGUCUGCCAGCAUAGCAAAAGACAAGUUCAUUAGUGAACACAUUUUUUCUCUAGAAAUAAUUUUUUUUCUCUGGUUAUGGGUGUGAACUCGAAAGGGAUUAAAAGAAUAAGACAGUUACAGUGUGUCUUGAGAGCUUGGGAUUUCAAAUGCAGUAUCAGGUCUGUUUAGAUUUUCUUGGGUUGCAGUAAAACAAAGAAAUGCUUGAGUUGUCAAAUUGGAUGUAGUCCAGAAGAGAGGGUUUAACCCUUAAGGAACAAAUGUUAAACUUUGCUAUCAUCUCAGUCAGUUUCCAAAAUGUCUUAUUCCAGCAUAUAAUGUUCAGUUUAUUUGGCAUUGGCAGCUCCAUGCAGCCUUACUUUUGUUAAUUGAGUUGGACAUCCUGUUAGUAUUAGAUAUUGUUCGUGUAAGAUCUUAAAAGAACAGGACAGUUAUGAAGACAUAGACUGGUAUUGGUCCCCGAAGGGCUAAGAAAAGAAUGUCAGAUUUGAACCCUGUAUGUACCUUAAUUAUAGAAACACUGGUGGUGUGUGGCUUGACCAAGAGCGAUCGUAUUUCGGCAGAGCUCCAGCACCACAGAAUAUAAAAUUUCACCGAUCAUUUUCACUGAUCAUCCAGCGGCAAUUCAACCUCAUCGGUGCCCCUGUUACUUAGAACGUCAUUUGGAAAAAAUCUAAGAAACUCAAAACUCUUUCUGGGGAGGGAAGCUGGAACAUUAGAGACCUCUUUCGGGCAAGGCCUAGGCCAAAGAAGCGGCACAGCCAGAACUAAUGGACGCCACAGAUGUUCUACCAAGGGCUCUUCACCCUGAUGCCCUGCAACAGUUUGAGGACAGGUGGGCUCCAGCCACCAAAGAUGAUAUUAUGGACCUGAUGGUCAACAUACGUACCUUAUUCUGUGCCGACCUGGCAGUGAUGCAGGAGGAGCUGACAGCCAUUGCUGACAGAAAUGUCCACCCUCUCACAGUGCCAUGUGGAUGCAGAAGAACAGCGUCAACAACUACAAACCUCACACAAAGCUAAUCAGGCCUGACUGGAUGCUAUGAAUGAUUCAUGUCUGUGCAACAACCGCAAAGUUAGAGGUAUUUCAGAACCCAAAACUAGAGGAAGGUACUAGCGCUAAUAUAUAAGACAAGUGAGGUAAAUCUGCUGCUGUAACACCAAAUUCUUAUCUUUAAGAUAGUUAAAUCGUGAAGUGAAGGUGAAGCACUGUAUAUUGGUAAAAUCAACAAUGUGCAAAAACAUACUGGUGUAUCAACUUCUGUGUAACAAUACCUUAAUGUUUAUACAAAAUCUUCCAUUGGUGGUAUGCAAUACCUUAAAAAUAUAAACAAAUACAACCAAACAUAGUGUAUACUGUGGUAUAAAAGGUAUGUAUGAAUAUAGAGUGAAAAAAUUCCCACUCUCACUUUUAAGAGCUAAGUAUGUAUAGCUCAAUACAAUAGCUCGUGGGGUCCGUGGAGGCGACCCUAUCCCUUCUUUGGUAAGUGUUCUUCCCUUUCUUGAUUUUUAGAGUAAGGGAGAACACAUAUGGUGCAAUAUCGUUGGUUUAAAAUAAUGGUGGAAAGAGUAAAAUUCGUACUUACAAGCCCAGAGCCUUCCACAUCGGCUCUGAUCAGGGAGUGUAUGUGGUCAAGGACCACAAUCCUUCUUUUUAAAAAAUAGCAGGAACAAUGCCAGUAGUAAUGGUAAAAAAUAUAAAUUACCUUUAUUAGUACAUAAAAAAAAUAAUAUAUAUAUAUAUAUAUAUAUAUACAAUUACUAACUAGGCAUAAAAAGUCCAAUUCGAUGAAGACUAUUUCUCAUAAAAUUCCCAGGAUGCGUUUCGAUAAAAAGCUUCUUCAACUGGAUGUGAAAAAUGUAAAAAGUCCUCAUAUCUUCUGUGGGACAAGUCCUGCUUUAUAUAUCUCUUCAAGGUGAUGGGUUUCUGGCCUGUGAAUUUGCGGGCGCUCACCAUAGGAACGGUGAAGCCCAGCGUUUCAAGCCUCGUUUCCAAUGAUUUCCGGAUUCCUCCCUUACUUCCGGUGAUGGGUUUCCGGCUUGUGAAUUCGCGGGCUAUCACCAUGGGAACGGUGAUGCCCAGCGUUUCAAGCCUCAUUUCCAAUGAUUUCCGGAUUCCUCCCUUAUUUCCAGUCACAUGAUGGUAUACCAAUACGUUGUGCUUUCCAACUUGCCGUUCAUUACCCAUCUCUGACGGUGAACUGACGCAAUUCCUCUGACGUCUCCUCUUGGCAAUCCUAAGAAUGCACUGAUAGAUGGACUUACAGGCUCCCCAAGCCACCUGUGCUGUUCUGCUCCUCUUUCAAUUGCUCAGGAACAAGCGCGCGGUGAUGGCGGCGACAGAAUCCCGCACCUUCCUGCAGGACCUGUGCAAAGUGCAAGUCAUGACUCUCAUUUUUGGGCAGCCCGGGACGCUGCAUAGCACAGUUUUAAUUUAUAUUGCUUUUGCGGUUUCAUUUUGUGCCUCAAUUUCUUUCAUUGCACUAAGCCAAAAUGUCGUCUUUGAUAACUCCCCAAUCCCCCCCGCCCCGGAAGCCAUUACUAACUUGGCAUCACCUGUACUGGGUCUUGCCCUCUCUAUACUUUAUGUGUGGACUGCUCCAUUAGAUAUACCCCACCCACCCCUCCAUAAAAUCCCCUUGACAUUCAGGCGGAGUUCACAGCAUUUAAUCAGCCCGUUUAAUAUUACUAUUAAUAUACAUUAAAGCCCUUGAUCCAGUUAUUCAUCGGCUAGCAAAGCAAUACACUGUUUUAUUUGUCUGUUUUAUGUGGUCUAUGUCAUGCUUUUAUUUAAAAUGUUCAGUGUGACAACCUGGAACAAGCUCUAAAUAAAGAAUACAAAAAUAAAAAAUAAACACUGGGGUAGUUUAAUUUUCUUUGUUAUUCUAUUGUCUUUCAUAGGCUGUUUAGACUACAGGGCCCUUAGUUUUUCAUUUAAAUGCCAUUUAAAUAAUCCUUAACUUAUCUGCAAUACAGCCCUGAGAUACCCUCUUCUUGGUAUCUCUAUCCAAGCCUGAUGACCAUUUUGUCCAAUCAAAUGCUUCUCGUAGAGUGGCAAAUGUGUGUCCUUGUGAUCCACCAAUCAAAUGCUUCUAUCAGUCAACCGAGUCAACCUCGGUUCUCACUGCAGAAACACCUUCUAGUCACUGUCAGGAAGAAAGUCAUUGAGGUGUGUUUAAUCCCACAAUGAAAGCAUUGCAAUAUCACUAAAACAGUCAGCAAUGUUUUACAUUGUGGGUGAAAAAUAUCAGUGACACUAACCCAGACUUCAUCUGAAUGAAGUGGUCUGGGUGAUUAUAGUGGUCAUUUAACUGUUUUAAAUGUAAUGGAGGAAUCUAGUAGGAUGAAUAGAGGAAACAAACUGAGAAAUCAGGUGGAGUGAUCAGGUUGGCUGUCAUAAAUUUGUGUCUUGAUCUCGUCUCUUAAAUAAAGAAUUUUUUUAAAAAGCAAUGCGUAUUGGAGGGGAAAGUCAAAUUCCUGGAUUUACUCAGUACUUUAUUUAAAAUCUAUAUAAUAAAUGUAUAAGUGGCAAAUUAGGAGUGAAACUACAUUCUACACUUUGUAUGGUGUUUUAGUGAACCAUUCCAAAGUCCGAAUAUGGACAGCCUAAUUAUAACUUUCUAUAUUUUUUUAUAAAUAUUUUGCCAGGAUGAAUACAUUGAGAUUUCUCUCGUUUUCAAGCAUGUCCUGGAUCCACAAAACAUUGCAUUGUUACAAUAGGAUACAAUAUUACAAAACUUUAUAUAUAUAUACGUAUACAUACAUACAUACACACAUACAAACACACACACACACACACACAUAUAAAUUUAAUACAUAACAGGUAAUAAAUAUAUUCAACAAUGACAGGUGCCUUCUGUGCUGAGGUAUUGUCAGAAUACACUAAUAUGCCCAACACGCAGAACUUAAGUAAAAUUAAAGGGACACUCCAGGCACCCAGACCACUUCUGCCCAUUGGCGUGGUCUGGGUGCCAACUCCCACUACUCUUAACCCUGCAACUGUAAUUAUUGCAGUUUUUUUAUAAACUGCAAUAAUUAUAUUGCAGGGUUAACUCCACCUCUAGUGGCUGUCUACUAGACAGCCAGUAGAGGGCACUUCCUGAUUCAUAGCAAAGAUUUUUUGUGAGGACCUCAAGCGUCGCUCAAUUCCCCAUAGGAAAGCAUUGAAAAUAUUUUUCAAUGCUUUCCUAUGGGGAGACCUAAUGCGCAUGCGCAAUAGGUUUCCUCAGCCGGCGGGGGGAUCAGUCUCACCCACCGGCUGACGUGAUUACUGGGAGGAGCGACGCCAACCCGAAACCACCGCCAAGGGACAUUGGCGGUGUCUCAGGUAAGUGACCUGAAGGGCUUUUCACCCGUUCAGCUACCUGGGAUGGGAGGUGGGAGGGAGAGGAUUGUUUUCCUUUAAAGAAAACCCUAAGACGUAUUACUGGGCCUUAGAACGGCCGGAUUUAACAUAUAAAAAGAACAUAUAAAAAGAAAAGCACGUAAAUGUAAGCCAAAGGUCAAGGAAUAUAGAAGUCAGAAUAGUCAGAAGCCAAGCCAAAGUUCAAGGUAUACAGAGAUCGGAAUAGUCAAUAACAAAGCCAAGGUCAAAUUACACAAGAAACAAUACCAGAAACGUGCUCUCGGAUAACCAGGAUGGAAACCACGAUAGCCUGAUUUAUCCAUCCCCAGACUUGCAAGCAACACAGAGCUCCAUCAGCUGUUUCACUGCCCUUUGCAACAGGUAGCCUUCUGGAAGACCUUAAUUUCAUUAUAUUUUACAUACCCUGUAAUUUCUGUUGUGUGUGUUUUUAUACUUGGUGAUUAUUAUUAUUUCUUUUCUUAUUUUCAAUGAAUAUAUUUCCAUGAAAGAUAUCCAUCUACUACAAAACUUCACGUAUCCCAUAAGGGGGACUGUACCACUGUAUGCCAUCCGCACUAGAGCUAGUCUUAUAGCUCUGGAAAACGUGAGUAGGACCAUAUAGACCUCUUACAAAAUAGUACUUAGUACCUGUUGGGAUAUACUUCCCUUGAAAAGAUUGUGAUUGAUGUCUUAUACAAGGUUUUUGUUGGCCAUUUUGCUGUAUUUAUCAGGCAUAGACUCUUUUGGACUUAGUUUUUCGACUCCUGAUUAUUAUUCAUUAUCUAUAUUUCAAACUCUCUUUUUUUAAAAUCUUGUAUGCAUUUUCUCUUAUGUAGUGUCUUGUAUAUGUGCUUGUAUAGUUCAUAAUCAGGUUUUUUUCACAUGUGGCACCGCCUCCCCGCCACCUUUUUUUGCCAUAUAUCUUUCUUAUUUGUUUAAUGGUUUUGUUUCCCUACAUGAAUACCUCUGUAUUAUCUCUGUGAUUUUUUUAUAUUUCCCUUUGUAUUUGCUUGAAUGACCCUUAUCCUCAAAUGUCCACAGAUGCAUCUCCCCCAUUCCUUAGCUUUAUUGCAGGCCCAUCUGACCCUAAAAUAUCUCUCUCCCUCAGCCUGAUUUAAAACUUACCCAGCCCCAUACUUGCAAGCAACACAGAGCUCCAUCAGCUGUUCCACUGCCCUUUGCAACAGGUAGCCUUCUGGAAGACAGUUUAUAUGUGAGAAGUUGACUUCUGCAGGUUUAUAAAAUGUGAGUGGCAAGGAAAUCAGCAAGAUCUGAUUUUCUCGCCCCCCCCUCCCACCCCAUUUGGGUAACAUUCUUUUCUUAGCCCUUUGAGGACCAAUGCCAGCCUAUGUCCUGUUCUUUUAAGAUCUUAUACUUACAAUAUCUAAUACUAACAGAAUGUCUAACUCAAUAAACAAAAGUAAAUCUCCAUGGAUUUGCAAAUGCCAGAUAAACUGGACUUUCUAUGCUGCAAUAAGACAUUUUGGAAACUGACUGAGAUGAUCGCCAAAUUUUACAUUUGGUCCUUAAGGGUUAAACCCUCCUCUCCUUUCUCCGCAUUCAACUUGACAACUCAAAUAUUUCAUUGUUUUACUGCAACCCAAGAAAAUCUAAACAGACCUGAUACUGCAUUUGAAAUCCCAAGCUCUCAAGACACACUUUAACUGUUUUUUUCUUUUAACCCCUUUUGAGUUUACACCCAUACUCAGAGAAUAUGGUUGGAUUUUUACAGAUGAAAUUUGUUCUAUGGCAGAUGUUAAUCUGUAAUUUCUUAUCCUCCCCAAACACGUGAUUUACAGGAAGGACCACGUCAUCAGUUCAGAUUUACUCAGAGAUAGGUAAUUGUAUUGUUAGAUCUGUGAGGGAUCAAUGGGUAAAUUACUUCUACUUGUAAUAAAGGGUGGGUGUACCACAAUGAAACUACAAACUAUGUUGUAAAGAAGUGGAAGAACUGGUCUGGAUUGUAAUACUGAAUAUUUCAGAUUUUUUCAAGUUUAUUUUCAAACUUGAGAUACAGCCAAAUACUCCAAUUCACUUAAAGGAACACUAUAGCGUUUGGAAUACAAAUGUGUAUCAUGGAUAUACAGGGAGUGCAGAAUUAUUAGGCAAAUGAGUAUUUUGACCACAUCAUCCUCUUUAUGCAUGUUGUCUUACUCCAAGCUGUAUAGGCUCGAAAGCCUACUACCAAUUAAGCAUAUUAGGUGAUGUGCAUCUCUGUAAUGAGAAGGGGUGUGGUCUAAUGACAUCAACACCCUAUAUCAGGUGUGCAUAAUUAUUAGGCAACUUCCUUUCCUUUGGCAAAAUGGGUCAAAAGAAGGACUUGACAGGCUCAGAAAAGUCAAAAAUAGUGAGAUAUCUUGCAGAGGGAUGCAGCACUCUUAAAAUUGCAAAGCUUCUGAAGCGUGAUCAUCGAACAAUCAAGCGUUUCAUUCAAAAUAGUCAACAGGGUCGCAAGAAGCGUGUGGAAAAACCAAGGCGCAAAAUAACUGCCCAUGAACUGAGAAAAGUCAAGCGUGCAGCUGCCACGAUGCCACUUGCCACCAGUUUGGCCAUAUUUCAGAGCUGCAACAUCACUGGAGUGCCCAAAAGCACAAGGUGUGCAAUACUCAGAGACAUGGCCAAGGUAAGAAAGGCUGAAAGACGACCACCACUGAACAAGACACACAAGCUGAAACGUCAAGACUGGGCCAAGAAAUAUCUCAAGACUGAUUUUUCUAAGGUUUUAUGGACUGAUGAAAUGAGAGUGAGUCUUGAUGGGCCAGAUGGAUGGGCCCGUGGCUGGAUUGGUAAAGGGCAGAGAGCUCCAGUCCGACUCAGACGCCAGCAAGGUGGAGGUGGAGUACUGGUUUGGGCUGGUAUCAUCAAAGAUGAGCUUGUGGGGCCUUUUCGGGUUGAGGAUGGAGUCAAGCUCAACUCCCAGUCCUACUGCCAGUUCCUGGAAGACACCUUCUUCAAGCAGUGGUACAGGAAGAAGUCUGCAUCCUUCAAGAAAAACAUGAUUUUCAUGCAGGACAAUGCUCCAUCACACGCGUCCAAGUACUCCACAGCGUGGCUGGCAAGAAAGGGUAUAAAAGAAGAAAAUCUAAUGACAUGGCCUCCUUGUUCACCUGAUCUGAACCCCAUUGAGAACCUGUGGUCCAUCAUCAAAUGUGAGAUUUACAAGGAGGGAAAACAGUACACCUCUCUGAACAGUGUCUGGGAGGCUGUGGUUGCUGCUGCACGCAAUGUUGAUGGUGAACAGAUCAAAACACUGACAGAAUCCAUGGAUGGCAGGCUUUUGAGUGUCCUUGCAAAGAAAGGUGGCUAUAUUGGUCACUGAUUUGUUUUUGUUUUGUUUUUGAAUGUCAGAAAUGUAUAUUUGUGAAUGUUGAGAUGUUAUAUUGGUUUCACUGGUAAUAAUAAAUAAUUGAAAUGGGUAUAUAUUUGUUUUUUGUUAAGUUGCCUAAUAAUUAUGCACAGUAAUAGUCACCUGCACACACAGAUAUCCCCCUAACAUAGCUAUAACUAAAAACAAACUAAAAACUACUUCCAAAAAUAUUCAGCUUUGAUAUUAAUGAGUUUUUUGGGUUCAUUGAGAACAUGGUUGUUGUUCAAUAAUAAAAUUAAUCCUCAAAAAUACAACUUGCCUAAUAAUUCUGCACUCCCUGUAUAUGGUCACGUUACCUUAUCAUUUUCCUAGGCAGCAAUUUUAUAUGUACGUAUAGAGUUGUAGAGGCGCUUCCCCGACGCUCAAUGCAAAAAUCGCAUUGAGCACGCAGAACAUCUACAGGAAAGCACUGAGAAAUGUAAUGCGCGUUUUUAAUGCUCUGCCUGCGCAUGCGCAUUCGGCUCCACUCGGGAGCUGACAUCGUAGGGGGAGGAGAGAUUUUAACCGCUUCAGCCAAGAGGGAGGGGGGCCGUAAGGGUGGGGUGGACCUAAGGAUUAUUUAGAGUCAGGAAAACGAGUUUGUUUUCCUGACACUAUAGUGGUCCUUUAAGCUAAUGAACUUAAGUCUGGGCAGAUCAUGCCAAGUGGAGUCAUUAAUUUAUUUUGGUAAGCUCACCAGUCGCUGUCAAAUCGAGCCAUUUCCUUGGAUACAUUUUGCAUCAGAGUAACCCUUAUUGUAGCAAAAACAGAAACAGCAGAAGUAGAAGUAGAAAUACUUAUAAACUUAUGGAAUGGGGCUGUCAAGUGCAGAAACACUAAACUCAUGAGAUACAAUGGUCCCUCGUUCCAACAUUUAACUCUCCUUGUUUUAUAGCAACGUACUAAGUCCCCGAUUUAAUAUUGUUGCAUACGCUAAUUUAAUUGUGUGAGUGUUUUUAUAUUUUAAUAUUUUGAAAUAAUAUUAAAAAUAUCAAAUCAUUUGAACAGUUUAUCUAACAAGUUGCUAAUUAUAAUUAGGCUUUUUGUUUUUAAUUUUCCUAAUUUUGGGUUCCCACAUAUCAUAGCAUGAACAACUGAUAAAGAAACAGUUUCUUUUAAAUUUUUAUUUAACAUCAGCAUGGUACAACAGUACAAAGGUGUCAGUAUUAUAAGAUAUAAUACAAUUAAUAUCAUAACUGUGUCAUAAGUUAUUAUUGAUCAUAAAUUAAUAUGAUAAAAUUAAAGGGUCACUCUAAGCACCACCACAGCUUUUCAUUAGAGCACUCUCAGCAUUUUCUCAACAAGAGAUGAGUGACACUGCUGAUUAGGAUAAGCUAAUUAUCCCAUAAACACCUACUGGUCAGAGGUGUGUGAGAUAAGAGUCUCUUGCUGGUUAGGGAGGGAUUUGUCUGGCUGCUUACAUACUCACUAAAUACUGAAAACAAGGAAACUUGUUUUCAAUGAAGUUAAGAAAAUAUACCACUAUAUUCUGAUAAAGUCUGUUAAAAUAUAUAUGGAAUGAAAAAACCUUGAAAGUGUUAAACACCAAAACAGAAGUGAACAAAUACAAAAAUGUGGAGAAAUCCAAUAUAAUUAAUAUAAAAUACCAAGGAUAUAAAGUAGUGUCAAACAAAAUAUAAGUUUUAAUAAAGUUGUUUACAGGUUGUAUUACAUUGUAUUGCGUUUGACACUACUUUAUACCCUGGGUGUUUUAUAUUAAUUAUAUUAGAUUCCCACACUUUUUCAUAUUUGUUCAACUUGUUUUAAAUGUAUGUAUCUUUACCAGAUGAGAUAUGUGUCUUUUUUUUUAAAUUCUUUAUUUUUCAGUGCAAGAAUCAUAACAAGUACCUUGAGUUGCCACAACAGCCACGUCAAGGUGUUCAAACUUUCAACUCAGUACAUAGUUAUGUUUAUAGUGCAGUUUGCUUCAUUUUCUAAUUUUGGUUGGUGUGAGAGGUUUUAACGGGAAGUGGUGUAUUCGUAAGGGGAGUGGGAAUCCCUCUAAGGUCGCCUACAACGCUGUCUGGGUCUGGUGGUGGUAGGGCUAAAUGGACAGCGGGUCCAGUAGAGUUGGUUUAUGGUGUCCAGUAGAGUUGGUUUAUGGUGUAUGGCUGGCUCUAUUUAUGUAAACAUAGAAACAUAGAAUGUGACGGCAGAUAAGAACCAUUCGGCCCAUCUAGUCUGCCCAAUUUUCUAAAUACUUUCAUAGUCCCUGGCCUUAUCUUAUAGUUAGGAUAGCUUUAUGCCUUUCCCACGCAUGCUUAAACUCCUUUACUGUGUUAACCUCUACCAGUUCAACUGGAAGGCAAUUCCAUGCAUCCACUACCCUCUCAGUAAAGUAAUACUUCCUGAUAUUAUUUUUAAACCUUUGCCCCUCUAAUUUAGGACUAUGUCCUCUUGUUGUGGUAGUUUUUCUUCUUUUAAAUAUGGUCUCCUCCUUUAUUGUGUUGAUUCCCUUUAUGUAUUUAAAUCACUGGUAGUCAACCUUUUUCUACCUACCGCCCACUAAUGCAUCUUUCUUGAUGGAAAAAUUUCCUUACCGCCCACCAGUUUUUGCGCAAGUGCAGAAUAUUUUUUAGAAAGGAGGGUGUUUUAAAAAAAAAUAAAUGCCCGUACAUUUAUCUUUUUAUUUCUACUUUAUGCAUGUUUAUAAUGUUUUUAGCUUUAUAAAGUUUAAUGAGAAAACAAUAAAGUAAAUUGAAAUUACCUUUACUAGUGAUUAAUGAGAUCCUUGAGGUUGAUGCUGCGAGACUAAAUAUUUGAUAUCAGGUUCGAUUUUCGUAAGGAACAAACGAAGGUCUCCUCUUUCUGUGAUAUUCAGACGAUUUCUCUGUUUGCUCAUAAUAUGAUUUCUCUUCUGUGCAUCAGCUCCCCUCCUCUCCCUCCUCAAUUCCCCUCCCCACCGUUUUUUCUUCCUUUUUUCUAUUUUUUUACUUUCCUUAUAGCAAUGCCCAGCAGGAAGGCUGAGCUACGCAGCCCACUUACUAUUAUUAGCCAACAACAAUUCUCUCCUUUUCCUUUUUAUUUUCCUUCUUUCUCCUUUUUUACAAGUACUCUACUCCUUCUUUCUCCUAUUCUACAAGUACUUUGCGCCUUCUUUCUCCUUUUUACAAAUACUCUGCUCCUUCUUUCUUCUAUUCUAUAAGUACUCUGCUCACAGACAAACACACACAAACUCACCCAUACACUUUCAGACACAUACACUCACAGACAAACAUACACACACACACUUACAGACACACACACUCACUCACAGACAAACACUCACACAUACACGUACAGACACACACACACUCACAGAGAAACACAUACACACAGAUAAACAUACAGACACUCACACACUCACAGACAAACAUACACACACACACUCACACAUACAUUUACAGACACACUCCAAGAGAAACACAUACACACAGACAAACAUACAUACACUCACACAUACACUUACAGACACUCACACAUACAUUUACAGACAGACACACAUACAUACUUACAGACACACACACACAUACACUUACAGACACACACACACAUACACUUACAGGCUCACACACAUACACACAUAUACUUACAGACACAAACACACUUACAGACACAAACACACUUACAGACAAACACACAUACACUUACAGACACACACACAUACUUACACACACACAUACACUUACAGACACACACACAUACAUACACACAUACAUAUACUUACAGACACACACAUACACUUACAGACACACAUACAAACAUAUACUUACAGACACACACACACACUUACAGACAGACACACAUACACUUACAGACACACAAAUAUACUUACAGACACACACACAUACACUUACAGACACACACAUACAUACACACAUAUACUUACAGACACACACAUACACACAUACACUUACAGACACACACACAUACACACAUAUACUUACAGACACACACAUACACACAUACACUUACAGACACACACACACACAUACAUACACACAUAUACUUACAGACACACACAUACACUUACAGACACACACACACACAUACACUUACAGACACACACACAUACACUUACAUACACACAAAUUAUUAAUAUUAAAUGUCCACCCAGCCUCCCUACCUGGAGAGCUGGUGCGGAUCUGUCCCUGGAGUCCAGUGGGGCUUCACUUCAGCGGGCAGCAGAGUUCUAAUCCGAGGGGGCGAGGGAGCUUUAACCUCUCUGCUCUGCUCCCUCGCGGGCUGUCUACUGAUGCCGGGAGCUGGAAUAUGAGAGGAGAGAGGUUAGAGCUCCCUUGCCGCGUCUGAUCUUACCACUGCCGCACACAAUGCCGGGGGUCCAGAAGGUGGUCUGGCAGGAGGGAGCGCUUCCCUCCUGCCAGUCACUGAAAUCUUGCUCCCUCAUAGCUGCUUGCGCCCGCCCAAAAGAAAUCCUCAAAAAAGGAGGAUUUAGCCGCUGAAAUCUCUACCGCCCACCUGGAAUCCUGAAAUGCCCACUAGUGGGCGGUAGGGACCAGGUUGACGACCCAUGAUUUAAAUGUUUCUAUCAUAUCCACCCUGUCUCCUCUUUCCUCCAAGCUAUACAUGUUAAGAUCCUUUAACCUUUCCUGGUAAGUUUUAUCCUGCAAUCCAUGGACCAGUUUAGUAGACCUUCUCUGAACGCUCUCUAAAGUAUCAAUAUCCUUCUGAAGAUACGGUCUCCAGUACUGCGUCCAAUACUCCAAGUGAGGUCUCACCAGUGUUCUGUACAAUGGCAUGAGCACUUCGCUCUUUUUACUGCUAAUACCUCUCCUUAUACAACCAAGCUUUCUGCUGGCAUUUCCUGCAUUCUGCUAGCAUUUGUCUGCCUACCUUUAACCCCUUAAGGACCAAGCUUCUGGAAUAAAAUGGAAUCAUGACAUGUCAUGUGUCCUUAAGGGGUUAAGUCAUCAGAAAUAAUCACCCCUAAAUCCCUUUCCUCAGAUGUUGAGGUUAGGACUCGAUCAAAUAUUCUGUACUCUGCCCUUAGGUUUUUACGUCCAAGAUGCAUUAUCUUGCACUUAUCCACAUUAAAUGUCAGUUGCCACAACUCUAACCAUUUUUCUAGUUUACCUAAAUCAUUUGCUGUUUGGCUUAUCCCUCCUGGAACAUCAACCCUGUUACAUAUCUUCGUAUCAUCAGCAAAAAGACAUACCUUACCAUCAAGUCGUUCUGCAAUUUCACUAAUAAAAAUAUUAAAGAGAAUGGGUCCAAAUACAGAUCCCUGAGAUUCCCCACUGGUGAGAAGCCCAAGCUUUGAAUAUACUCCAUUGACUACAACCCUCUGUUGCCUGUCACUCAGCCACUGCCUUACCCAUUCAACAAUAUUAGAAUCCAAACUUAAAGAUUGCAGUUUAUUGAUAAGCCUUCUAUGUGCAACAGUGUCAAAAGCCUUACUGAAACCUAGGUAAGCAAUGUCUACUGCACCACCCUGAUCUAUUAUUUUAGUUACCCAAUCAAAAAAAUCAAUAAGAUUAGUUUGGCAUGAUCUCCCUGAAGUAAACCUAUGUUGUCUCUGAUCUUAAAAUCCAUGUGUUUUUAGAUGUUCAACAAUCCUAUCCUUUAACAUGGUUUCCAUUACUUUCCCCAUGAAGAAUUCUUUGUUUGGUACCCUCUGUUUCUAGUGCCAUUGACCAUCUGUGGCUAGGGAGUAGUCGUGUAGAGUCACGUUGCCUAUUGUCUAUUACUGAGGAGGCAAUGUGUGGCGGGUCUGGUUGUGGUGUUAGUAUUUAGUUUUGGUGUAGUACGGCUAUUGUGUUCAGGCUGAGAUCAUAGGAGCUUGCGUGUUUGUGUGUGGCCUGUGCAUGUGGUCUGCUGUGUCGCUUAAGUGAUUACAGGCUGAUCUGCGUCUGUGAUAUGUGUCUUUUUAUUUUGGAUUUUAUUUUAUGAUUUAGACAAGUCACACUCAAUGAUGUGUUAUUUACCAUUGACAUAUUAUCAAAAAAACUUAUUAUUGUCCCACUGUAUUAUAAGUCCCUUUUUUCUAGGGGAAAAUUAUAUACAUGGCUAUUGAAUGACAUCUCAUUCUCCAAUUGUAAAAUUAGAUGUGUCAUCUAUUUAGUUGUAAUAUUUAUUUAUUUAUAAAAUAUUUUACCAGGAAUGAUACAUUGAGAUUUUUCUCAUUUUCAAGUAUAAUAUAUAACUUGCUUUUUGUGGUAUUGUGUGUAUGUGGGCUGUCUGUGAUAUUAAAUGUAUGCAUGUGGAUUGCUUGUAGUAUUUGGUUGUGUAGUGGGAACUGUAUGGAGGGUUGUGUGUGUAUAUGUGGGCUGUCUGUGGUGGUGUUAGUGGGCUUGUGUAUGUGUGGUUUAUAUCUAGUUUUAUAUGUAAAUUGUGGUCGGCCGGUGUUUGCUGGGGUGCCCUUUACUAAAAUAAAGCUAUUAUAAAAUUCAGCUGUCAAGCAGACAUGCCUGUGCUAACUCUGUUGAAGGUCAAUUUACAGGUUAAUGAGCAAUUGAGUAUUGUACCUCCCAUGAUCUCAGAUUUCACAGUUGACAGGAGUCUCUCUCUCAGAUAUUUGGAUUUUUCUUUGUGUAUUCAAAACACCUUCAUGAAAUUGUUUGCAUGGACUUCAUAGCAUCGGGCCAUCAUUGCUUCUACACCAAACAGUGUAUUGUGAGUGGUUGCCUGGGGCUUGUUCCAGACUGUGGGGACCCAUUGUAAGCAGCAUGGGAACCUAGCUUUGGGUCCUGACCAAGGGUUAUGAACCACUGUUUUUAGAAUCUUGAAAUAUCUAUAUAUUUGUUUCUAAUAGUACUCAGUAUUUUCUAUACAGUUUUGUUUUACUAGCAUUGUGAAACCAUUAUUCGUCUAACUCUUCACCAUCAUUUAACUGUAUGCCUAUUUUUUUUUAUUUUGUUUGCUGGUAUUUGCCCUUUUGCCUAUUGACUCUAGUGUGUCGAGUCUGAUGUGAUGUUAGAUAAUAAUCAUAUAUUUCUACUUGUAUAAGAAUGGGUAGCCUUUUCUUAGUUUGUGCAAUUUUUUUUUAUUGAUUUAUUGAUUACUUAAUCAUAAAGAAUAUUUGGUUUUAAUCAAACAAACAAACUGGCAGUGUCAUGCCAAAGUAAAACUUUAAACUUUCUUAGGGUGCCAGUCGUAAUUUGUUUAAAGUAUUGUUUACUGAUAUUGAUUAAUUCUGCUUGUGUUAUGUUAUUAUUAUGUUAUUUAUAUAGUGCCAACAAAUUUCGCAGUGCUUUACAAUGGGUGGACCAACAGACAUGUAGUUGUAACCAGACAAGUUGGACACACAGGAACAGAGGGGUUGAGGGCCCUGCUCAAUGAGCUUACAUGCUAGAGGGAGUGGGGUAAAAUGACACAAAAAGGUAAGGAUAGUAUUAGACCAGUGACAGUUGCAGAAGAGGAAUCAAUCAGCAGCUAUUAACAGUUUAAUUGAUACGCUUUCGUGAAGAAGUGGGUUUUUAACGAUUUUUUGAAGGAGUGGAGACUAGGUGAGGAUCUAACGGAGGAGGGAAGCGAGUUCCACAUGAACAGUGCAGCCCUCGAGAAAUCUUGAAGGCGGGCAUCAGAGGUGGGAGUACUGACAGAAGAUAGACGUAAGUCUUCAACAGAUCGUAAGGGCCUAGACGGGACAUACUUGUGUAUAAGGGAGGAUAGAUAGGUGGGAGCAGCAUUAUGUAGCGAUUGAAAGCAAGAACCAGAAUUUUAAAUUGAGCUCUAUAUUUUAUAGGAAGCCAGUGUAGGAACUGACAAAAGGGUGAGGCAUGGGAGGUGUGGGCGGACAGGAAGAUGAGCCUCGCUGUAACAGCGCAAGUUGGGAAUACGUAAGAUCACUGAGAAGCAGAUUACAGUAGUCAAGGCAAGAAAGGACAGUGGAAUGGACCAACACCUUAGUCGCCUCUGGCGUUAAGUAGGGGUUUAUGCGCGCAAUGUUUUUGAGAUGGAAAUGACAGGAUUUGGAGAUAGAUUGAACAUGAGGCUUGAAGGAGAGGUCGGAGUCAAAGAGAACACCUAGGCAGCGAGCCUGCGUGGUGGAGCUGAUGGUAGCACCGUUAACUUGGAGGGACACAGACACAGAGUAACAACACUUGAGGGAGGAAAGACCAGAAUUUCAGUUUUGGUCAAGUUUAGUUUAACCCCUUAAGGACACGACAUGUGUGACAUGUCAUGGUUCCCUUUUAUUACAGAAGUUUGGUCCUUAAGGGGUUAAGGAAGUGGGCAGCCAUCCAGUUAGAAAUAGCAGUGUAUGUAUGGGUACAUUGGAUGGGUGCAGUGGAUGCUUUGUGAGGUGAAUAUGUGUCUGUAUGAGAACCAGGGCCGGACUGGGAGAAAAAUUCGGCCCGGGCAUUUUUUUAACACAGCGGCCCACUAAAAAGGGGGCGGGGCAGAGGAGGUGUGUUUUGUCAUCACCAAUGACAAACACGCCUCCUCUCAAAGUGAGCAUGUUGGUUCAAUGCUCUUCCAGGGCAGACCAUGCGCAGAGCUCUGCUAAAGAGCUCUAGCAUGAGAAAAAAGUCCUGUAUUUGUUCUGCACAGUGCAAGCAAAUUUAAUAACAUGCUUGCACUGUGUUUCCUUGCAACUUGUCUCUGGUGUCUCUAUAAAUGGAUACCAGGAGACAAAAGGCCAGGAAAGAGUAUUGUGCAUGUGUUUGGAGCCUGCUUGUGGUAUUGGGUGUGUGUAGAGUGAGCUGGUCGUGGUGUGGUAUUGUGUAAUAAGGUCGGUUUUAGUCGUGUUGUGUUUGUGGUGUAAUGUGAUGCAUAUGUGGCUCAGGGACCCCCUCCCGCCCGGCUCUGGAAAGGGGUUAAAACUUACCUUUUUCCAGCGCCGUGUGGGGAGCUCUCCUCCUCCGAUGCGCACGCGCGGCAAGAGCUGCGCGCGCAUUCAGCCGGUCGCAUAAGAAAGCAUUUAUAAUGCUUUCCUAUGGACGCUUGCGUGCUCUCACUGUGAUUUUCACAGUGAAAAGCACGCAAGCGCCUCUAGCGGCUGUCAAUGAGACAGCUGCUAGAGGCUUUGGGGGAAGGCUUAACCCAUUGAUAAACAUAGCAGUUUCUCUGAAACUGCUAUGUUUAUAAAACAAUGGGUUAACCCUAGAAGGACCUGGCAUCCAGACCACUUCAUUAAGCUGAAGUGGUCUGGGUGGCUAGAGUGGUCCUUUAAGAGUGUAGUGUGGUGUGUGUGUAUAUGUAUGUAUAUAUAUAUAUAUAUAUAUAUAUAUUUGGAAGUAUUGUGUAUGUGUGUUGUGCAGUGUGUUGGGGGGGUUCUGUGUGUAUGUGAGGGGUAAGUAUGUGUGUGUGUGAGGGGUGCGGUGUGUGUGUGUGAGGGGUGCGGUGUGUGUGAUGUGUGUGAGAGUGCCGUGUGUGAGUGAUGGGUGUGAGAGUGCCGUGUGUGAGAGUGCUGUGUGAGAGUGCUAUGUGAGAUGGGUGUGUGAGAGUGCUCUGUGAGAGUGCUGUGUGAGAUGGGUGUGUGAGAUGGGUGUGUGAGAUGGGUGUGUGAGAGUGCUGUGUGUGUGUGAGAGUGCUCUGUGAGAGUGCUGUGAGAGAGUGCUGUGAGUGUGAUGGGUGUGAGAGUGCUGUGAGAGAAUGCUGUGUGUGUGAAAGUGCUGUGUGUGAUGGGUGUGAGAGUGCUGUGUGAGAGAGUGCUGUGUGUGAUGGGUGUGAGAGUGCUGUAUAAAUGUUAUUGUGUGUGUGUGUAGGGGGGGUAAAUAAAAAAAUUAAAAAAAACAGGCAUUAUUCCCCCCCCCCUUCUUACCUUUAGCCUGGAAGGGAGGGGGGGACCGGCACGCUGGCAGGCAGGGUGGCAGUGUUCCCUGGUGGUCCUCGUGGGUGAGUGAACUCUAGCCUGUGAGGCUAGAGUUCACUCUCGCGAGAUCCGGUUGUUGCCAUGGCAACGCGCCGGGUCCUCUCUCCAGCCUGGCUGGCUCCCUCCCUCCCCCCCCCGCCGGCGGCCGCAUGUGGGCCGGUCAGGGAGAUCCUUGAUCUCCCACCGGCCCGUCGUGGCAAACAGCGGGGCCGGCGCUAGGAGAGUGCCGGCCCUGCAUAGAUCGGCAGGGGAGAUCCUGGGACCUCCCCUGCCGGCCUCGGCCCAUGGCCACCGCGGCCCACCGGGCAUUUGCCCGGUGUGCCCGAUGGCCAGUCCGGGCCUGAUGAGAACAUACACCAGAAAUAAUUCCCCUGCAUCAGUCAGUCAGGUUUAUGACCCAGCUUGAAAAUUGACCAGUUUUUGAAAUUCUGACAUCCCAGAUACGGCUAGUACUGACCUUGAAUUUUGGUUUGUUUUUUUUAUUUCCUGGUGCAGUUAUAAUUGGUUUUGUUUUUCUGUUUUAAAAAAAAUAUAGUAUUAAUUUUGCUUACUUCCUAUUUCUAUAAUAAGCGUUAUGCCUGGCCACUAUUUGGUUCAGCAAUAUGUCUUUCUUAUCCCUCCUACCGUGCCUUUUGUUAGGAUCUGACUUGUAGCUUGCUGAGGAUCGACUCUGUUGAUUAUGGUGUGGAGGGGUUUGUUUGUGGGGUUCUGUUUAUGAAUGUGUGGUGCUUGUGGUACUGUAUGCAUGUGUGUGUGUGAUGGGAGCCGUUUGAGUGUUAGUGGUAUUGUGUGUGUGUGGGCUGACUGUGUUAUGUAUGUGUAUAUAUGUGGACUAUUUGUGUUUGUUUGUGUGCAUGUAGGCUUCCUGCGUGUAAAUUAUAUGUGUGGACUGUCUGCAUUUUCUUUAUGUGUGCUUUCUGUUUAGUGUGUGUAUGGGGGUUGCUUAUAUGUGUGUGGUGGAGGGCUAUGCUGGUGCUAUGUUUGAUGGAUGUUUGUAGCAUUGUGUGUGUAUGUGGGCUGUCUGUGAUAUUAAAUGUGUGCAUGUGGAUUGCUUGUAUUUGGUCAUGUAGUGGGAGCUGUGUGUGGGGAUGUGUGUGUAUAUGUGGGCUGCCUGUGGUGUGGUUUGUGGGGUUGUGUAUGUGUGGUUUAUAUGUCGUUUUGUGUGUCUAAUGUGGUUGGAGGGUGUUUGCUGGGGUGCUCUUAAAAUAAAGUUAUAAAACUCAACUGUCAAGCAGACAUGCCUAUGCUAACUCUGUUGCAAGUCCAUUUACAGGUUAAUGAGUAAUUGAGUAUUGUACCUCCCAUGUUCUCAUCUAUCACAGUUAACACGAGUCUCUCUCUCUUUCUCUCUCUCUCUCAGAUAUUUGGAUUUUUCUUAGUCUGUGUAUUUUGUUAUGAUGCUUUCACCACUUAUAAAGAAGAAAUUCAAGGGCAGAAAACGGAGACAAGAGAUGGUAAGUGGGUUGUUUGUAUACAAGCUGCUAUUGCACUUACUCUAAAAGGCAGCAGUACUAUUUCUGACUCAUAAAAGGCAUCAUUCCCUAGCUUAUUUUCACUCUAUGGAAGCUUACUGUUAAUGCACGUUAUCAUUUUAGCUGCACUUUAUUAUUCAGUAUUCAGUGUGAAUUUUGUGUUAAAGACACAGUGCUCCUUUAUAUAUAUAUUACCAUUCCUGCUCAUACAUAGAAGUUGCAGAAUUACUAGUUGUGCUUUCAGACAUAUAUCUUUUUUAUAUUUUUCCAUAUUAUUUUAGUGAUUAGAGUGUCCUUUUAAAGGACAACUGUCACCUCAACACUAUUUUUUUAAUAUAAAGAUCCUUUCAUAAAGUUUUGAAAGGAAAUAGAUUAUUUGUUAAAUUAAGUAUAUGCUAAACAAUGAGAAAAACAAAUAACUACCUAUAAUAUAUCACAGGUUUCUUCACACACCUUGGGUUAGACAGUGUUUGAAAACCUCUUUAUAGUCUCUAUGAGUCUAUGGUCUGCCAUGCUGCAUUCCCUGCACAGUGGAGUUACAUCAUCAGACCGACUAACUUUCAAAUUAAAAUACUGUCUGACAAGGUCAGUUGUGUAACUAUCAUGGCCGCAGCCAGGGUGCCAUCAGAAAGCUCAAGGUCUGGGCCCCCCGGAGGUCCGUCUCUAAGCCCACCCUGAGGGCCCGCCUCCAAAUCCUGCUCACAUGACUCACCUCCAAAUCUGCCCACAAGGAAGCAGUGUUUGUAGAGUGCAGUUGUAGAGUGCAUACAAGGUGUGUGUUUUUUUGGAUGCAGUGUGUGUUUGUGCAUGUGUAGUGGAUGCAGUGUGUGUGUAGUGGAUGCACUGUGUGUAUGUAUAUAUAUAUAUAUAUGUAUAUAUAUAUACAUAUACACACAUACAUACACAAAUUGUGUUUCAAUGUAAGCUUGUAUGGAGUUAUGUGUGUGAAUGUUGGUGUUUGAAUGCAAAUGUGUGCAUUUGUGUCUACCACACACACUGAUACACAGACACACAUGCAAAUACACAUACACACAAAUACCCACACUGACACACACACAGAUACACAGACACUCAAACAUUGACACAGAAUACACACACAGAUACACACACACAGGCACAAAUACACACACUAUGUAUUUAACAAAAAAAUGGUAGGCACACCCGACUUCCAGCUAUGUGUGAACAAUCAAUGCAAAUACAAAGAAAAGGGUGCUCACUCAAAAAGCCCUGUUUCCAAAGGCUAAUAAUACAAUAUACUAUAGUACUGAAUGAGGAGCACAACCAACUAAAAUACAAAAUACUUUAUUAUACAAAUACAAGGAUAACGGGUAUCACAAAAUAUCCAAUCAAUGUAUCAAAGUGUAAAUAUAAUCCUACAUAUAUAAUCAAUUUGAGAGCUCUGGCAUAAACAGAAACAUAGAAAUAAGCAAAUGGAUACCUGUAAACAAAUUUUACUCAAAUAAUACAUAUUAGAAACAAAAGAACCUAUCCAAGUGAAUGAGAGGAGAAUGAAAAAGUAAAAAAUAAAUCCCCCAACGUUUCGGCACUAUACGCCUUUACCCUUGUAUUUGUAUAAUAAAGUAUUUUUUAUUUUAGUUGGUUGUGCUCUUCAUUCAGAACUACAGAUACAGACACUGACACACAGAUAUACACACUGAUACACAGAGACACACACACUGGCACAGAGGUAUACACACACUGGCACACAGAUAAACGCAGACAUUCCUGACACACAGAUAUUCCUGACACACACACACACACUGAAACACAGAUACACACAUACUGACACACACACACAUGAAGGGUCAGUGUAGGACCCGCUUAAGGGGGUCUGCCUUGACGUUGGCAGGCAGGCAUUCCCUCCAAUGGCCAUUGAGUAACUAAAUGACCUCCAUUUGUCUAAAUAUACAUAGGGAUUAAGGAGAGAGCGCAGGUACUUUUUUUUCCCCUACCCCCACUCCCUUUUUUUUCUUUAGUUUUUACUAUAUAUUGGGACUGAUAUGUACUGUGGUCGUUGCUGCCGCCCAGGAGUGAUGGGAGUGAGCGCAGGACUUAUCUUUUUGUAUUUGUACACACACACAUAAUUUUUCAGCCACCCUCCUGUUUCUUAAGUUUUAGUUUCAGGAAAGUGGCUGGGGCUGAUGUGAAUUGGUGUGGGCACUCCUGCUUUAUGGCCUGUCUCUCCUCCCUCCCGUGCAGAGUGAACAGGGAGGAAGUGACCAGCUGUCUCUUCCUCCCAGCACAACUUAUGGCGGCUGCGCACUGCCGUGGAGGAGGUCCUAUAUCCUCUCCAUGGUCUGACAGGAAGCUGUUCGGUGGUCUCUGUGACUACUUUCUGUCAAAAUGGGUAGAGGAUAAAGAAGUUCCACACUACAAUGACUGAUUGGCUGAAGGGGAGCACAGUGCAGUGCGCUCCCCCCCGCCAGUCACCCAUAUCUCGCUUCCCUGGACCAGUGUGCCUUAAGGCAAAAAUGUAUGUGGCCUUAUGGUUGCACCAGCCCUGGUUAUGGUGCUUAGGGUGUACCUUUAAAGAAACGCUCCAAGCACUAAAAGCAUUACAGUGCACUCCAUCAAAUUUGCAUAGCUUUUGACAGUUCUACAAAGCCUGACCCUAUUACGUAAUGCACACACCAUCAUCAACUAUAUGCUACAUAAUUCAAUCAGUCACAGUGCCAUAUAUGCUAUAUUUAUUAUGGGAGAUCUUUUCUGUUUUGCAGGUGUAUAGCAGUGACUUAAGAAGACAUGUGAUUGGCAUCCAAAAAGCCUCCAUUACCUUUGAUAUUUUAUGAUUAUUUUUGUUGAGUAAGCGUAAUCUUAACACUCCAUUAAACAAGAAUGUCUGGAAUCUCAAUGGAUAACAGUGAUCCUUUUCUGGUGUACCAUAACCAACACUACUCUAAGAAACAAUGUGAAAACCAUAUGGAGGGCUCCUUUUAUUAAACUAGCAUUUUUUGUCUAAAACAUUUCUCACGUUUUCGUGGUACAUGCAACACUGUGUGUGUGUGUUAAUACGUAACAGCUGCUAUGAGUGUAUGUCUGAUGGCUGUGUGUACCGUGUUUCCUUAAAAUAAAUGAUUUACCAAAAAAAUCA